CCUGGCUCAGCAAGGAGCCUGCUUCUCCUCCAGAUCUGCUUUAACUUUGGAAAUGGACUCCAUUUAGAGGUUUUAAACACAAGAAAUGAAAAUACUCUGCUUCCUAAACACACUCACUCAGUGCGGCAAAAGCGUUCCUGGAUCACCGCCCCGGUGGCUCUUCGGGAAGGAGAGGAUCUGUCCAAAAGGAAUCCGAUUGCCAGGAUACAUUCUGAUAUUGCAGAAGAAAGAGGACUAAAAAUUACAUACAAAUACACUGGAAAAGGGAUCACAGAGUCACCGUUUGGUGUGUUUGUCUUUAAUAAAAACACGGGAGAAUUGAACAUCACCAGGAUUCUUGAUCGAGAAGAAACGCCAAGUUUUCUGCUAGUUGGUUAUGCUUUGGAUGAAAGAGGAAACAACCUGGAGAAACCAUUAGAACUCCGCAUUAAAGUUCUAGAUAUCAAUGACAAUGAGCCAGUGUUCACACAGGACGUCUUUGCUGGGUCUAUUGAAGAGCUGAGUGCCGCAGAUACCUUUGUGAUGAAAAUCAGCGCAACAGAUGCAGAUGAGCCCAAUACCUUGAAUUCUAAAAUUUCCUAUAGAAUCGUAUCUCAGGAGCCUGCUUAUCCUCCAGUGUUCCACCUAAAUAAAGACACAGGGGAGAUUUAUACAACCAGUUUCGCCUUGGACAGAGAGGAACACAGCAGCUAUACUUUGACGGUAGAAGCAAGAGACGGCAAUGGACAAAUUACAGAUAAACCAGUAAAACAAGCUCAAGUUCAGAUUCGUAUUUUGGAUGUCAAUGACAAUAUACCUGUAGUCAAAAAUGGAAUGACUGAAUGGGUAGUUGAAGAAAAUCAAGCCAACGUAGAAGUUAUGCGCAUAAAAGUGUUCGAUGCAGAUGAAAUAGGCUCUGAUAAUUGGUUAGCAAAUUUUACAUUUGUAUCAGGAAAUGAAAUGGGUUAUUUCCACAUAGAAACUGAUACUCAAACAAAUGAAGGAAUCGUGACCCUUAUUAAGGAAGUAGAUUAUGAAGAAAUAAAGAAUCUUGAUUUCAGCAUUACUGUCACCAACAAAGCAGCUUUUCACAAAUCAGUUAAGAAUAAAUAUAAGCCUAUAUCCAUUCCCUUCAAAGUAAAGGUGAAAAAUGUGAAAGAAGGCAUUCAUUUUAAAAGCAGCACAAUCUCAGUUCAUGUUAGCGAGAGCAUGGAUAAAUCAAGCCAAAGCCAAAUAAUUGGAAAAUUUCAAGCUUUUGACGAAGACACUGGACAAGUAGCCCAUGUAAAAUAUGCCAAAUUGGAAGAUAUAGACAACUGGAUCUCUGUGGAUUCUGUCACAUCUGAAAUUAAACUUGUAAAAAUUCCUGAUUUUGAAUCCAGAUAUGUCCGAAAUGGUACAUACACUGCAAAGAUUUUGGCAAUAUCUGAAAGUUAUCCCAGAAAAACCAUCACGGGCACUAUUGUUAUCACAGUGGGGGACAUCAAUGACAACUGUCCCACACUGGUCAACCCAGUGCAGACUCUCUGUGAUGACGUGCAUUAUGUGAAUGUGACCGCAGAGGACCUGGAUGGACCCACAUACAGCGGGCCUUUCAGUUUCUCCAUCAUCGACAAACCAGCCGGAAUGGCAGAAAAAUGGCAAAUAGUACACAAAGAAAGUACCAGUGUGCUACUGCAACAAAAGGAACAAAAGCUUGGGAGACAUGAAAUUCAGUUUCUGAUUUCGGAUAGUCAGGGUUUCAGUUGCCCUGAAAAGCAGGUGCUCCAACUCACAAUCUGUAAGUGUGUGGUUGGUGGCAGUUGCAUGGAACAUCUGAGUGACUCCUCCGUUGGCCUGGGACCCGCAGCCAUUGCGCUAAUAAUUUUUGCCCUCCUGCUGUUGCUACUUGUACCACUUUUACUGCUGAUGUGCCAUUGUGGAGAAGGUGCCAAAGGCUUCACCCCCAUUCCUGGCACUAUAGAGAUGCUGCAUCCUUGGAAUAGUGAAGGGGCGCCACCUGAAGACAAGGUGGUGCCUUUGCAUGUGACGGCAGAUAAUGGAGAGGAUGUAGCUGUCGACACGGGAGUGGGAAGUAUAGCAACCAAGGAAACCACAAAAGAAAAUAGGUUUGCCUUCACCAAAGGGCAUCAUGAGGUGUCUGAGGUGGAUGGAAGAUGGGAAGAACACAGAAGCCUGAUUUCUGGUGGAGUUACUGAAGUGACAGGGACAACAGGAGCCAACAUAGGCGCUGAAACGGCCAGGAUCACAAAAGUCACAGGGUCUUCCAGAGACCUGGCCGGAGCUCGAGCAGCUGCUGUUGUGGCCAACGAAGAAUUCUUAAAAAGUUAUUUCACUAAGAAAGCUGCCUCUUGCACUGAAGAAGAUGACAUUCACGAAGGCAAAGACUGCCUUCUGGUUUAUUCUCAGGAAGACACUGCAUCUCUCCAUGGUUCCAUUGGCUGCUGCAGUUUUAUUGAAGGAGAACUCGAUGAUCACUUUCUAGAUGAUUUAGGGUUUAAAUUCAGGACACUAGCUGAAAUUUGCUUGGGUCAAAAAAUAGAUAUGGUUGGGGAAACUGAGCAGAGGCAAAAACCUGUGGGAGCGUCAAGUACGAAGGCAGCUUCACAUUCAUUCAGUGAGCAAACCAGCAUUAAUUCGGAGAAUGCCUACUUCUCUGGUAGUAGCUUUCAGGUUCCAAAGCCUUUGCAUGAAGCAAAUGCAGAGAAAGUAACUCAGGAAAUAGUCACUGAAAGCUCCGUAUCUUCUAGGCAGGGUCAAAAGGUAGCUACUCUGCUCCCUCAUCCAUUGGCUUCUGGUAACGUUGUAGUGACAGAAACUUCCUACACCACCGGCUCCACGAUGCCACCCAGCACCGUGAUCCUGGGUCCUGGCCCGUCCCAGGCCCUUAUCGUGAGGGAGCAGACGUAUGCACCGGCCCCUCCCUUCAUAGAGCCGCAUUAUGCUAAUGGCAGUAGUGUUGUGGUUACUGAGAGAAUCAUCCAGCCUAACGGGGGCCUGCCUGGUCCUCUGGAAGGCUCUCAGCAUCGGCCAGAUGCGCAUUACGUUAUGGUGAGGGAGAGAGAGCGCUUCCUUGCCCCCAGCUCAGGGCUGCAGCCCCCCCUGGCCACGGCCGCUGUGGCAGCGGGACCAAAUGUGACAGUGACAGAAAGGGUGCGAAUCCCUGCCUCCAGUUACCCAUUUCCUGCCGAAACCUCGGUGAUGGCCAGAAAGACAGAGGUUUCUGGAGCCGCGGUCCGUGGCCCCCUGCCAAAUUUCAGUUUAGAGGAGUCUGGUCGUUCUAAUGCUACUUGCACCACGUCUACCAGAGUCUCCAAGCACAGCAUCGUGCAGCCUUCUUACUCCUGA